CGACUCAAUCCGCUUUAAUUCAUGUGCAAGCAAUUCUCAGACAGUCCUGCUGCCUCCUGCAUAGGAUACAUCACAUUCACAGGUCAGCACAGUGGCGUGCAAUGUGCAUCCUGCAAGGGGUCUGAGGAAAGAAGGGAUUGCCGGAUUGGACGCCACCCAGUUGAGUGAACACCUCGGGCGUUUGGGGCAGGUCUCAAGGAAGUAGAGUCUGGACAGAGAUUCAAAGGAAGGGAUGCAAGCUGCUGCACCGCUUGCUCCUCCAUCGAUUCACGCUCACUCUGUGUAGCAUUGCCCAUAUUGGUGCUGGAGCCCUCUUAGUCAGUCCAGGACUUGGGCUCAGACUCCAUUUCCAACCACUUGCGCUUGUUUGGCGAGCAAUCAGCGGCUGCCAUUGUUUUCCAGCCAGAUGUCUUAUCUUAGCAACAAGUAGGAAGCCAGCAUCGGUUGAUACAAAGAGCUGUGGGCAAAAACUGAAGAAGACUCUGGAGUUGCAUUAUGAAGCCUCGAUAAGCAGCGAUAGACAGCUCCAAUGAACGCCCCAAAGAUCGACCCGGAGCCCCUCCUGGAAUACCUCCAGGACGAGACCAAGAAGACCAUCUUUGACUUUGUGCGCUGGGCGACGCACCGCAACACGCGCCGCUACGCGCGCCACGUCAGCGGCCUGUGGCGCUCAGGGAUCAUCCGCUCGCUGCGCUCCCCGCUCCUCUUCGUCUUCUUCUCCUCCCUCUCGCUAGUUCUCUACCACACCGCCAAGGACCGCGCCUGGAUUUCACCGUCCUUUCCUACGCUCUCCCUCUCCAGCACGCAGCCCUUCACGCUUUCGUCAUUAGCGCUGUCCCUCUUGCUUGUCUUCCGGACCAAUGCUUCGUAUGCAAGGUUCGACGAGGCGCGGACAAUCCUGGGAGCGAUUCUGUGCCGCACGCGGCAUUUAGCGAGGCAGGGGCUAGCGUGGAUCGACCCAAAGGAUGCUGACCUCAUCGCUUUGCUGGAGCGGUGGACGAUUGCAUUCACUUUUGCGCUGGCGGUGCAUCUGAGGCCGGACGGCGACGUCCGGAAGGAGCUACAGGGUGUCCUUCUGCCGUCCGAAUUGGCAGCCCUUGAGGAAGCUGAGCACAAGCCCAGUUUCGUCCUGAGUGUUCUUCAGCACAUUCUGCCGCAGGCGGGGGUGUCGGAUUACCUUCAGGGGUGCAUGAACGAGAGCCUGGCGCAACUAGAGACGUCGCUCGGGUCGUGCGAGCGGAUCUUCAACACCCCCAUCCCGCUUAUGUACACACGUCACACGUCGCGGUUCCUCAUGCUCUGGAUUGGGAUCAUUCCGUUCAUGAUGUGGGAGGCCUGCGGUUUUGCAAGCCUGAUCCUGAGCCCUGCGAUCGCGUUCUUCUUGCUGGGGAUAGAGGAGAUCGGGGUGCAAAUAGAGGAGCCGUUCAGUAUUCUUCCCAUAACGUACAUAGCUUCGGUCGCGGAGCGCAACAUUCGGGAGAUGGUUAAGAAGAGGGAGCUGACAAGGGGCAUUGUUGGCAGGGGCAGAAGGGGAGUUUCUUGGGAAGGGGGUCUAGGGGGUCCGCUCGAUGGGGUCAUGAACGGGUGCAAUGCUGUCAGUGGACAGCAGAGCGAGGGGCACUUCGAAAGAGCCCAGAAACGAUGCCUCUUUCGUACGCAUUUUAGCUCACUCUAGCUGCCAGACAGCCUUACAAACAGUGCGGAAAGACCGACAGUUCGAGAUAACUUGCAGCAGCCACUCUAAUUUCU